UCCGCGCCUCCCCCGCGCCCGUGCGCGCGCGCGCGCGCGUUUUUUUUUUGUGACGUAAGGUACGGAACCAACGCUGCUCGCCACCUCCCCCGCUCCGGCCUGAGCCCCGUGUGCUCUGGUGGAUCUAGGGUUUCUUUCUUCUUUUUUUUUUUUUGGGAGGGGGUGGGUGUGCCGUGCCGCGCUGCGCUGCGGGGAUGGCGGACGGCGGGAGCCACGACGAGAGCGGGAGCCCGCCGAGGAGCGGAGGGGUGAGGGAGCAGGACAGGUUCCUGCCCAUCGCCAACAUCAGCCGGAUCAUGAAGAAGGCCGUGCCGGCCAACGGCAAGAUCGCCAAGGACGCCAAGGAGACCCUGCAGGAGUGCGUCUCGGAGUUCAUCUCCUUCGUCACCAGCGAGGCUAGCGACAAAUGCCAGAAGGAAAAGCGCAAGACCAUCAACGGUGAAGAUCUCCUAUAUGCGAUGGGCACGCUUGGUUUCGAGGAGUAUGUUGAACCCUUGAGGAUCUAUUUGCAGAAGUAUAGAGAGAUGGAGGGCGAUAGUAAGCUAACCUCAAAGGCUGAUGGUUCAGUAAAAAAGGAUGCAAUUGGUCCUCAGAGUGGCGCUAGUAGCUCAAGUGCACAAGGGAUGGUUGGAGCUUACACCCAAGGGAUGGGUUAUAUGCAACCUCAGUACCAUAAUGGGGACACCUAAAGAUGAAGACAAAAUUUCAGAAACUGAUAUACUCUGUGAGUGAUUAUCCAUCUUUUAAGGAAGUGCCCGCAUUAGGGGCAUAUUUAUUAGUAGAAGACUAAAGCACUUGAAGGGUGUCGGUUUAGACGUUGGCUGUGGCUGUGGCGAUAUUUAACAUUUGGCUGUGGCGAUUACCAGAUGUAAAGUGCUUCAUAAGUGGUUUAACGCUUGCUUUUGCCUGUAUAUUCAGAACAAUUUUCACACAUUGGCAGUUUUCCAAUCUUUUGCAUUCCGAUACAUGUAUCAUUUCACACAAAUCUAUUGCAAGUACCCUAGCUUUGAAUAAUGCUGGUUAACCUAUAAUUCUGCAA